AUGGAGGAAGCAUCGACAUCGACGUCUGCACCAACCGUUGUUAGGAAGACAAUGGCGAAGCAACUGACCGGAAAACGUGAGGAUACGCCGCUACAUUCCGCUGUGAGACGCGGAGAUUUCUCUGCGGUGAAAGAGAUAUUGAGUGACCUUAUGGAAUCAGAAGAGGAUCUAAGAGAGGUGUUGCAGAAACAGAACCAAUGCGGUGAGACCGCACUUUAUGUGGCCGCAGAGUAUGGAGACGCGGAUGUGGUUUCAGAGCUGAUCAAGUACUACGAUUUAGAAGAUGCUGAGACCAAAGCUAGAAAUGGGUUCGAUCCUUUUCACAUUGCUGCUAAACAAGGCGAAUUGGAUGUUUUGAAAGUACUAAUGGAGGAGCACCCGGAGCUAGCAAUGACGGUGGACUUAUCAAACACAACGGCUCUACACACGGCCGCGGCUCAAGGACACGUGGAGGUCGUAGAGUAUCUAAUAGAAGCCGCAGGUAGUAGCCUAGCGGCGAUAGCCAAGAGCAACGGAAAAACGGCACUACACUCGGCGGCUAGGAACGGUCACGCGGAAGUGGUAAAGGCUAUUGUGGCGGUUGAGCCAGACACGGCAAUGAGGACUGACAAAAAAGGUCAGACGCCACUUCACAUGGCGGUGAAAGGACAAAGCCUUGAUGUGGUGGUUGAGCUCAUGAAAGGACAUCGUUCGUCGUUGAAUAUUUCUGAUUCUAAAGGGAACACUGCGUUACAUGUUGCUACUAGGAAAGGUCGCACUAAGAUAGUGGAGCUGCUUCUAGAGAACAGCGAGACAAGCACACAAGCAAUAAACAGAGCCGGAGAAACGCCGCUGGACACGGCGGAGAAAACCGGCCAUCCCGAGCUGGCCGCGGUUCUCAAAACACGUGGCGUUCCAUCUGCUAAAGCGAUCAACAACCCACCGCGGCCAAACGCGGCGCGUGAGCUGAAACAAACGGUGAGCGACAUCAAACACGAGGUUCACGACCAGCUCGAACACGCUCGGGAGACGAGGAAACGCGUUCAAGGAAUCGCCAAACGCAUAAACAAAAUGCACAUCGAAGGUCUCGACAACGCCAUUAACUCCACCACAGUCGUCGCCGUUCUUAUCGCCACCGUCGCUUUCGCCGCCAUUUUCACCGUCCCGGGACAGUACGCCGACGAGUUGAGCUCGCUUCUUCCGGGACAGUCUCUAGGAGAAGCGAACAUCGCGGAUAAACCCGCGUUUGCGAUUUUCUUUAUAUUCGACUCGAUUGCUCUUUUUAUAUCUUUAGCGGUUGUGGUUGUUCAGACAUCGGUGGUUGCGAUCGAGCACAAGGCGAAGAAGAAUAUGAUGGCUGUGAUAAACAAGCUGAUGUGGGUGGCGUGCGUUUUGAUAUCGGUGGCGUUUUUGGCGUUAGCGUUUGUGGUGGUUGGUGAUGACGAGCGGUGGCUAGCGGUUGGAGUGACGGUGUUUGGUGCGACGAUAAUGCUCACGACGCUUGGGACAAUGUGUUAUUGGGUGAUCAUGCAUAGAAUCGAGGCUUCGAAUGUGAGAAGCGCGAGGAGAGAGUCGAUGGCAAGAUCGAGACAUACAGGAUUGAUGGACUUUUCUGGAAUUUUGACUAAACGAAUGUAUGCUAUUUAG